UGCACUCUGGCCCUUUAAAUGUGGCCGCGGCUCCUGCCGAUUCAUUCGGGCCGGGUGGACGAACUACGUCCUGGUGCAGGCAGCCUGCCCCACUCAUGAAGUUCAUUCGGCUGAGCAGACUUUUCUUUUUCAGACUUUCAACAAAUAGGCAAGCAUGGAUCGUGAUUAGGAUCCAGGGCAGGGUGUUUGGGAGAACGCAUGCAUGUGGGGGGACCUGCGCGUGAAACUGAGCAGAAAAACAAAAUGUUUCUCGUCAAGGUACUUUGAGAUGUGCCUUUUGAGCCGAUUUCCUAAGAGGGUGAGGCAUCGGGUAAAGGGGACAUGCUCCGACGGGAGCGUCCGCGUCACUCUUGUCAUUGUCACCUCUUUCCCGAGCCUUCUGCGCCCUCGAGCCCCCGGAGUGAAAGCGCUUCAGCUGUUACAGCUGCCCUUUCCAGACCUAAUAUUUGCGAUCAACGUGUGCUUCUGACUCGAGUGGCAACGGUGAGGGAUGAGAAGGGGGCGGGGAGGAAGAGACUGGCUCUAACUCGGCCCCCCGCCUCCGAGUACGCUCGGGGUAGACAGAAAGAACCCGGUCUUCACUCCAGGGACCCAACUUUUCCUUUCGCCCCGCCCGGAGCCCUACUUACUCCGGCUCCCGAAGUUUCUCCCCCAAGUCGAGGAAACCAGCCCUCGGUCUGCACCGACCCCAACCCCGGCCUCCGGGCGGGACUCCACGGCGACCUUCCCCGGCGCGGGGGUCCCCAGGCCAAGCUCUGCGCUACGGGCACCCCGGGCGGAGGGCACAAGGCUCGGUGGCGCCCCAGCGAGCGGGGCGGGGCGAGCGGGGGCGGGGCCCGGAGGGGCCAAUCAGCGGGCGAGGCUGCGGCCGUGCCGCGAUUGGUCCACCCCGCGGGCUCCAACCUGCUCUGCCCGCUCGGUCCUUUGAGCCACUGCAUCCCCUAGCGGCGCCCUGGUGGCUGCAGCCGCUGGACCGAAAACGCUGCCCCGGCGAGCAGGGGUCACGCUGGAAAAGAAGACCCCAAAUCCACUCUCUCUUCGCCCCAGGGCAAUGCUGCAAGGAGAGGGCGUGGGUGCUCCCGCCGGCUGUCCCAGGGACCGGGCAGAGAGCUUAAUUGGGGGUUUUAUUUGAAUUGGAGACAUAGUUCCCUCUUCGCGCUUCUACCCCAUAAAAUUCCCUACAAAUGCAAAAAUUCCAGAUAGAAGAAGACGUCCCUGAAAGUAAGUUCUGAAGGAUUCCUUUCAUGCGGUGAAGGAAAAACAUCAAUAUGCAGCUUCAGCUUGGUGUGUGGGGGUUGUCGUGUUUUAAAACACUAUCCCUGUAGAAAUAUCAAUAAAACGUAUUGGAAGCAGUAGUGGAAACGUGGGUCUUCCCGGUCUUGCGUUUGGAUCUUCUUUGGAAUCACCUUCUUAAAUCUGAUGUUGCUUUGAAAUCAGAGCUGAAUUUUUAUAUAUAGGACAAAAAGAACCCCAAUUUUUUAAAAGAAAGCUCUCCACCCACGUUUCUCCUGAUCCCACUUGGCCUCCCCUUAUUAGGAGGCCCAGUUAAGAGGCAUCGAUUUUCCUUUCGCUCUCUCACCGCUCGCCUCUCCUGGGCCAGCCAAGCUGCCCGCAUCUUCUGCUCACAGCGCUCUCUAAACCUUUUAAUUAUUUAGUUGCUGUCUAAUAUUCUCCGGAAACCUCUCCAUAAACAAGGAGAAACGAACGCACACACAUUUUUGCUAAGAAGCCCCGGAUUAAGAUUAAGCACUGAAGCCGAAAGAAAAUAUGAAAAAUGCUUCCCCGCGCGUCAGUCGGGCGAUGGAUGCGCCACGCAGGGUGAGCCCGGCUCACAGCCACGCAUUAGACUAAGCGCAGCCCUGGGUCCCGAGCGCCUAAACCUCGGAGCCCGAGAAAGAGGCGAAGAGAGCAGCCCCGCUACAGAAACGCUGCGGAUGCCAGGUCUUGAAAAUGCUAACUUCUGAGGCUAAGAAUGAUUUUAAAGACAAAAAGAAAAGGCUGGUGAAGAGGCCUUCCGGUGCAGAGGCGCCUCUCCGUUGAUUUUGGAUGGGGAAGUGGAGGUUAUUCGUUUCAAUUCCAUCGCCAGCACCGAGUCGGACUAGUCGGUGGGGAUGGAGAAGGGCAACCUCCACCUUUAGAAAAAUAAAAGAUCUCCAAGGCC